GUUCGCAUUUGGCGGCGUACCGUUCGUCGAGCCGAGCAGAGCCGAGACACCUACGUGCAACGACAACGACAACCACAUACAUAGAACGUACGCGAUCGCAUAAUGCGAUUCAGUUUCGCUGGCGCUAUUACGGGGUGAGAUUCGCGUAGUGUGGUCGAGAAAGCAUCUCUUUCUCGGAGAGAAAAGUGCGUCGCACGUUGAGUGCGAGGCGUGAUAUGAAACAGUGAGUCUCCGGAGCCGUGAUUCGAAUGGACAGGCGAGGCAAUCCGCGCGUCAUGGGAUUGUGAAAGGAAUCGGGAGCGUGCACGACGGUGGCAGGAAGUGGGAAAAAGGGCCAGGGAUACAACGCUCACGCCCGGUUGUCACGACGCCAUGUUUCCCCGAAGUGGUCGACCGAUGUCGAGUAUUCGUUUGACGGUGCUCUGCUUUUUCGUACUCGUCGUUGCCGGCCAUGACGAACCCGGUCUAGAGAAAAUAGAAGCUACCGAACGUACAAAUGAAAAUCCCUCAGCCCUAGAAAUCACAGCAUCUCAAGAUUUAGAAGGUAUAGAGGCUGGUAGCACACCUUCCUUAAUAUGUAAACUCAAUGUACCGGGUCAAAUAUGGUGGACCAGCAAUGGAAAGAAUCUUACAACUAUUAAGGACUAUGAUGCUGGAGGACGUUUGGAUAUUAAACAAGCUAACAGAAAUGACACAGGAGAUUACAAAUGCAUGGCACAAACAAUGGAUGGAAAACUAUUGGAGAAGGGCAUUCAUAUCAGAAUCAUUGAGCCAGGUAGAAUAACGCCAGAAGACGAUAUCAGGGCAAAAGUAUCAGAAUCUACCAACCUGACUUGCCACAUGCACGGUUAUCCGUUAUCCCAGUUCUCUUGGACAAAGAAAAACGAUUCAGAAAGCACAGAAUACUUAAAAGACUACAUGACUGUAACUCAGAUAAACGAAACCUACAUCAUAUUGACUUUAGAGUUCACAAACCUGGAUCACAAAGAUAACGGGACCUAUAUUUGCAAAGCACGCGAUUACAAUAGCGAGAUCAGCGCGCAAAGACACCUUUUUGUGAUCGAUGUGCCGCAAGUCAGCAUUGAUUUUAUGAAAGCCGUUGGUGCUGGAAGUGUAUUUCUUAAUUGGACCGUGAACGACGGAAACGAGCCGAUUAGAGCGUAUUUCAUCAAACACAUGAAAAAUGGAACCGAUCAGGCUCAAUAUUACCUUGAACAAAUCGGGGGUGACAUCUCUAGUUACGUUUUAAAAGGAUUCCAAAGCGGGACGGCGUAUCAAUUUGGAAUUGAAGCGGCAAACGCUGUUGGUCAAUCACAGAGUGGUCUCGAUCCACGAUGGAUCACUACUCUUAAGAAAGAUCCUAUAUUCGUGCCAAAAGUCUCUGUGAACGGUGUCACGGAGAAUUCGAUUACGUUACGUUGGACCGUACCGCCGCCAGAUUUAAGAGAGCACGUGCAUUAUUAUAAUUUAAUGGUAACACACGAAGAGCAAAAGAAAGAAGCAGUGUACCCAGCAGAAUCGUUCGCCGUGUACGCGUUCGUAGAUCUUAAUCCUGCCACCACGUAUAAAUUCAAAAUUGCUGCAUGCAGCGAGUACACGAAAGAGUGCGGGAACUGGAGUGUCGAAGUAAACGGCACUACUCUAGACGGAGUGGCUAGCCCGCCUCAGAAUCUAACUGUCAACUGCAAGUUCAAUAACAUAAGUAGCUCUAGUUUCAUCUCCAUCACAUGGUUUCAUCCGCAGAAACCAAACGGAGAGAUCACUCGUUACAACAUCAAAUUGGAGGGUACUGCCAGGUUUAAAAAUGAAAUGGGUCGAUCGGAUAUCCAUAAUUGGGGCCCGCAGACUUGGAGCGUUUAUAUGCGGAACAGUACAGAUUACAAUCAGAUUCCAGCCAACACGAAUUACACGGUUUACGUGCAUGGUGUGACAAGGUCUCGUACGCCGGGAAAGGACGCUGUGGGUAAUUGCACGACACCGGUUACCAUUCCGGACAAAGAUAGCCUGAACAUGCGAUCUUGGCGAAAGAUCGAGAAUGAGGGUAAGCAGCUGUUCAAGCUGCACCUCCCGCGCAUUAGCGAGAGAAACGGUCCCAUAUGUUGCUAUCGAGUCUAUCUAGUUAAAUUGGCGCCGCAGAAAAGUGUGUCAGACUUACCGCCCCCCGAGGAAAUCGGCGUGUAUUCGUACCAGUAUGCCCACAGCUCGCCUUCCGGUGGCGCUUACAUUGCCGAAACGUUUGACAGCGAUCGAUUGGUAUCCGAGAUCUUCCUUGGUGAUGGCGAAUCGUACAAUCGUAGCUCUAUGUGCGACAAGUGCAUUGGACUGCGGCCAAAAGCUGCUCCACCGGUAUUGCAGUUUGUCCCUGAAGAUCAGACAACUAUAGCGUCGGUUAACACAACCCCAGUGGCAACCACAACACCGGUGACAACGACUACGACAGCGUCAACCACUACCACCACAACUUCUACCACAACCACAACUACUACCACUGCUCCUACGACUACUACCACCACCACCACGACCACCUCCACCACAACUACAACCGCUGCUCCGACUACAACUAUUGUACCUACAAAAAUAGAGACAACUACGCCAACUAUAGAGAACAAGAACCGAACAGAAAAUAUAGCAAGGAGGAAAAGAGACAAUGUGGUCACUCAAAGAACAAAGACUGUCGAUGGAGCAACUGAAGUACAAUUUCUUACUCCACAGGAUGGCUUUCUGGACGAGGAGGCUAAUUACACCGGAUUCGUUGAAGUCAUCGUGUUUGGGAAUAAGGAGAAUCAAUUUCUGCCAGCCUACAGCAACUACUUCACUCUUCUUUACGGAGGGCUGGAUCCCAGAGCCGCGGAUUCAUCGGAAGUGAACACUCUCAGCGUGAUUCUACAAAUCUCUGUCGCGCUCAUGCUAAUCAUCAUCAUCCUUCUCAUCGCGCUUUGUAUAUUACAUAGGUAUACGAAGCGGGCGCAACAGAGAGGCGAAGAGAUAAUCACGCUGAGAAAUAGUUUCAGGCAUCUGUGCAGGAGUCUUAGGGGAAGGCAUCAACUCGUCGCUGCAAGUCCACCAGAUAUGCCACCGAUUCCCAAAAGCGAGCUUCUCCAGGCUUACCUCGAGCGACACCGUGAUUCCGACUAUGAUUUUCUCGAAGAAUUCCAAUUACUACCGGACGAGUUCACCGACCGUACCACCAGGGCUUCCGAGGCUCGCGAGAAUCUGUACAAGAAUCGUUAUCCGGACAUUAAAUGUUACGAUCAGACCAGGGUGCGUCUGGCGCAAGUGGACGGCAUCGCUGGGUCCGACUACAUUAAUGCCAACUUCGUACUCGGCUACAAAGAGCGCAAGAAAUUCAUCUGUGCUCAGGGUCCGAUGGAGAACACUGUCUGCGAUUACUGGAGAAUGAUCUGGGAGCAGCAUUUGGAGCUAAUACUCAUGUUAACGAACUUGGAAGAAUAUUCGAAAACGAAAUGCGCCAAAUACUGGCCGGACAAAGGCGAGACCAAGAACUUUGGAGAUAUCACGGUCGAACACAUUAGAGAAAGGGCUUACUCCGAUUACGUUGUUAGAGAGUUAAAGAUGACGCGACUGGGUGAACGGGAUGCUCGCACUAUCGUUCAGUAUCAUUUCUUGGUCUGGAAGGAUUUCACGGCUCCGGAACACCCGCAUGCGGUGUUGAGGUUCAUAAAAAGAGUGAACGAGGCCUACUCUCUGGAAAAGGGACCGAUUUUGGUGCACUGCAGUGCUGGUGUAGGACGAACUGGGACACUAGUAGCGCUGGAUUCUCUAUUACAACAGCUGGCUGAGGAGGGUCAAGUGUCGAUAUUCAACACAGUGUGCGACCUGAGACAUCAGAGGAAUUUCUUAGUGCAAUCGCUGAAACAGUAUAUUUUCAUUUACCGUGCAUUAAUGGAGAUGGCUCAAUAUGGGGACACCGAGAUUCCGACUUCGCAGCUGAAGGCUACCAUCGCUAAACUACGACAGAGGGACAAUGGCAAAGAGAAAUGUAGAAUGGAGGAGGAGUACGAUAAAAUCAAUUCCAUGUUGGAGGACAGAAAAUCCUUUUCUGUGGGUGGCGGAGAAGAGAACAAGAGCAAGAACAGGAGCGAGCUGAUAAUACCAUACGAUAGAAACAGAGUGAUUCUGACGCCUGUUCCUGGUAGAGAGCACUCAACGUACAUAAACGCCUCGUUCAUCGAAGGCUAUGACAAUUCAGAGUCGUUUGUCAUCACUCAGGACCCACUGGAGACCACCAUAGCAGACUUCUGGCGUAUGAUUUCUGAACAGUGCAUUUCCACGAUAGUUAUGCUGUCCGAUUUGAACGAGGGUCCUCGAAAGUGUCCACGAUACUGGCCAGACGACGACGCAGUCUACGACCACAUAAGAGUCAGAUACAUCCAGAGCGAGAGCUGUCCCUAUUACACUCGUCGCGAGUUCUGCGUUUCUAACACCAAGACCGACGAGAACGUGGUCGUGACACAGUACCAGUACCAUGGAUGGCCGACAGUCGAGGGAGAAGUACCUGAAGUCACCCGCGGUCUCAUAGAAUUGGUGAACCAGACUCUGACGAGCGACACAGAGUCGAGCGGAUCGUUGGUCGUUCAUUGUAGCUUCGGAUCCGACAGGAGUUCCAUGUUCGUCGCUCUUAGCAUAUUGGUGCAGCAGCUGCGGACCGAGAAACGCGUGGACAUCUUCACGACGACGAAGAAGCUGCGCUCGCAGAGACACGGCAUGAUCAGCACUUUCGCACAAUACGAGUUUCUCCAUCGUGCUAUAGUGAACUACUCGGAUCUGCACAAUCUGGCUGACGACGAGCCAGCGUCUUAAUACCGCAAGUCAACGUGAGAGGCCGGAAGACCUGAAUCAUGAUCGGUGAACGUGUGUGCAGAGAAACAUUUCGCGUACAAUAAGUGUUUUGGGAACGUAUAAGAAUGCUCAAGGAAACGUAUAUUGGGCCAACCAAAGAAAUCGCUAAUGUAUUGGUGACUAUGAUUAUAGAACCUCCACCGAGCUAGACUGACCUUGUACACAUUCACGCAAGAGACUGCAAAACCUUCGAUUUAGGUAUGUGUACCGGAAGAGACACUUUGCGUACGAUACGGAAUAAGCCGUAAAGAGACCGCACAUUAUCAAGCUCGUACGAUCAAAGCUGACCGCGCAACAUGGGUCGACGAUGGUCUAUGGAUUAACCAAGAUUUUAAUUGGUUGCUCCUAUAGUGCGGCGCAGUGAUGACUCUCGUGAUACCACGGUCGGGACAGCUGUUGUAAAGCUGUUCGAAUAACUUGUUUUUAUUAUGCUGACGGAGAGAGUGUGUUAGGAUUUUUGUGACCGGGAUGGAACGUUGGAGACAGCACUGGCGCAAGUAGAAAAAGUGCUUCUCCGUUUUAAAUUAACGAGUAUGAAUAUUCGGUGCACUAGUGAAACAAAUCGAACAUAUUUGUAUGACGUACGAAUAAUCCGACGUGUGGACCAUACAGCUUCGCCGGUUCAAUGUCCGGUAGUGUCCUCGUAUCGCGUGUACAAUACCGAGACUUAUACCAAUUAAAUGAAAAGUCCAUUGAGGCUGUAAUCCAUAAAAGUCGAGAAACUUUUAUGAAUUGUAAUAUUGAAACGCGCGCGCGCGCGCGCGCGCGCGAUCUGUGAACGCGAUCAAACACGGAACGGCGAAGCUCGAUGUGGGUUUAAGGCUGAACUUGAGCUCCCCUUGUAUUCUUCCAAGCUCGACAACAAGGAGAGAUCAGACGCUACUACGAUCUAUCUUAUAUUACGAUAUUACACUAACAAUAUCACGCACCCAAUGUGUGUUAGUUUUGUCUGUAAGAUACAGUGUCAUAUACAUAGGAAGCGUGUGCACACGCGUUUAGCGGCGGCGCUAACCUUUCUUGUCUAAAAGAGAAGACUGAUGUAAUCGUAUUCAGUUUCGACAAGCACGAAAAAAGUGUUAACGAAGGCCUGGAAAACGGUGUCCGGACUGCUGUGAAUCGUAAUGCACGGAGAAUCAUUUUUUUACUUUUACAGAACGCAAGAGAAUUUGAAAAGAUAUGUCUGUACUCUGUGUGUGUGGAUGUACAGCAGGAUUAGGAGAUAGGCUCUCGGUUAGGCAUUGGUAGACACUGGCAGUUCUUGGUUCUUGUUAAUAGCAACCAGAAAACUAAUGUAUAGUAGUACCGUUUAACCGUUGAUUUUCACGUUUCACGAGGACGAAAAAGAACAAUUGUCCGCAAAUGUAUUACUCCUCUUAAUCAUUUGUAUAAGUUAUAGGUAACAUAGAUUCCUAGUAAAUUAAUAGCUCGUCAAUUGCCCGAUGAAUUUGUAUUAUUUGAAACUGGAGAGCUGUCCGUCUGUGCCAGUGUUCCGUUUGGCAGUCGACGACGUUGAAACGGAAAAAGAAAUGAAACUAUGAGAUUAAUGUGAAUAAGGAAAGACACAAAAAUUGGAAAUUUCGUAAACCCAGCAUAGAUUGCAUUCGGUUCGCACCCUCGUUCAUUUCUAGUCAAGCGAUGUUAACUCCGGCACGCGCGCUGCUGAGCUAUUCACUUAUGGCAGGGGACAAUCACAUUGAUGUUCUUUUUUUGGUUUCGUGAACCACGUCGGUCGUCAAAUGUGUUACUUUUCUUUUCCGUGUAUUGUUCCUUUUCUCUCAUCUUUCUUCCGAUAAAUCAAUCUCCAUUCCAUUCCGUGCUAAUUAUUAACACACGUUCCCCGCUCGAUGUACAUGUGUGUAUAACAGGGCCCAUUACUCGAGAAUUAAUUAAGUUUGCUAGUUCGCGCUUCGAUUACGUUGUAAUCGAUAGAUAAAUCUAAUAAGAAGAUCGCGUUUAUUAUUCGCCUGUAAUUAUACCGUUACUACUCGCCUGUCGCCUGUUGCUUACGUAUUAACGACAUAAUCAUGACAAUAUUUUCGUGUUUAUACCCAUGACACGCUUGUCAGACGUACAAAUGUACAAGGUGUUGGACCACCCAUAAGUGGUGUGAAUUUCCUUUUAUGUUUUUGGAGACGAUUAAAAUUAUCUAUGAAAUUCUUUCCCAAUAAAUUGCAAGGAAAUAUUUAUCCUCGUUUUCCAUAACUUACAGAUCGGAGACUAACAAUAUCGAUUAUGUUUUCGUAUUUUAUAUCCAAAAAAAUAAGAAAGGAAGUCUGCUUUAUUUAUGGGGCUAUCCCGAGGCAAGCCAAUUUCUGUUCAUUCUGAUGCGAGCAUCGUCGCAGAUAAAAGAGUUCAGAAAUGAUUUGAAUCGGUUACGAAUACGCGAAACGGUCAAGAAGUCACUCUACGCAGAAAUUUUCAUACUCAAAUCGAUUCCAUGCUACAUACUUCUGUUUAGAUUUUUAUAUUUGUACAUAGAUAUUUAUAUGUGUAUAUUUCACUAGAAUUUUGUGAUAAUACAAUGCUUUCUAAUAUCACGUCAUUAUUUUGUUUACGGUACAUUUUUAUGUCGGACACAGCCAAUCCUCGCAUAACAUGUUCAUCAUCUUCCAACACAAUUACCGUAUUACGCAAUACGCUGGAAGUUGCUCCAGAAAUUGUCAAAUCUGGCGCGUUUGUACCAAUUUACAAUUUUAGCUUCUUUUUAUCGAUAUAAUAUUGGAGUAAAAAUACGACGCUGUUAUUUUGAAUUUUACUACGAUUUUUAUUAUCGUUUAUAAUUAUGAUAAACUUUUUUACGAAUGUACAGAUACUCUUAUGCAGAUUUUUUCGACCGUGUUGUGCGGGAAUUAUCUGUUCCACAAUUGCGACAAGUAAUUUUGAAAGAUUUUGUACGACUCGACAGAGAGGUUUUUUAAGAGAGAGAGAGAGCUAAAACAAUACGCACAACAAACGGAUACAAAGGUCUAGCGAAUAAUUCGAUAUUGCAUAGGACGUAGACAUAUCGUUGAACGCAGAGAAGCCGAGAUGUUUUUUUUUUCAUUGUACAACUAAUCCAAGAUUCUCUGGAUUUCUUUUUUCUUCUUCUGUAGCCGAAAUUGCGUUCGCUCGCAAAAUCGAAACCGUCUCUACACCUUUUAUUUUCUGCAUUGUUACGUUACACUAUCAGUGAGAAAACAAGCGAUGUUUAAGUACAGAACAAUAACUGUGUUAUUUAUGGAGUCUGCGAUUUUAUUAUUUAAUAAGGACUACACGCUCGAUGGUGGAACGUACUUUUACGUGCAUACACGGCGAGAAAUGCAUAACACAGAACGAUAAUUGUGACCGAAAAAAAAAAGAAAAGAAGAACUGUUCUUUAGGUAGAAUUAAGAGAUUCGUAGCCUCGUAAAUUAAGUUACAUGUAUUGUUCUUGUUAUGCAUGCUGAUUUUAUAAUAGUAUGUGUAUAAAGAAAAGCAUCGACAUUUUUACAGCCAGUGUACGAAUUAAAAGGAUUAAAAAGCAUUGUUGUAAAUUGACGCAUACGAUCUUCAUUUUAUCAUUGUCUUUUUUAAGUCGAUCAGGAUCGGUACGCGUUUUUCUAUGAUUUCCAGUCGCGUCGACGAUUAGAGCAGAGACUUUGUUAUUUUCUAAGGCAACAUGUACAUUGAACAAUGUAAGCAUGCUAUUGCGAACGUACCAUCUUGCAUAAGUUGAAGCUAGCGACAGCGUUCAGGUGUCAUUUCGAGGUAAAUGGCAGGAAUACGAUAACCAGGAACACAAAUAUACUGCGAGAUUAUAAUUAAAUUGCGGCUGUUUACGCGGAACUAUUAUCUUUGCAAAUUGAUUUACAAAUUUGAGCAAAAGUUGAAAAGAAGUUUCAUUUCGAUUCGACCGAGGAUAGGAAUUUUAUUAGAACUUUUAUCCGACGUUCUCUGUACUCGGUCAUGCCAUAAGUGCAUAAACGCCUGCAGUCUGAUUAUAAUGGAGCAUGUCCUGUGAGAACGUGUGUACGAUGUUUGUAAAUUGUGGCUACUCGAUGAAUUACGAUACUGCGAAUACGAGAUUGCGGCGCGACCGAAAAACGAUUCCAACGAACGAAAAUGAAUUUGUUAACGGAUGGGAAUCGUUAUUUUCAAGGAAACAUCUGCCGACACGUCUCAUCGAUUCACCGCGCUCUCGUAAAGGUGUUUCGCAAAGCAUAAUAGAAAGCUGUCGGAAGCUGAUAGCCGAUUAAUUGCACGGUAAUGUGUUCUAUUCCGGUCGGAUGUCAAAAUACUUGUGACAAAGCAGUUUUUACGAUUUUUGAUACACGAAACGAAUUUUGAAACGGCAUCGGAGAUAAGAUAUUAUCGUCAAGGGCAUUCGAUAUGCUUGGAUAUCAUUUUUCAUAGUUCUUUAAUCGCUGUUUGUACUUUUCGAUUCGUAGACACUUGUUCGGGAAGACGACAACGUGGCACGCCGUUCCGUUGCGGAGACGAUGCGAUGCAUCUGUUUGUCGUUUCACGAAAACUUCGAACAAUUUUGAUAUAAACACAUUUUUCAUUGUCCCCGCGACUAGACAUACGCUAGGUACAAUUUUAUAAAUCGAUAUUUCGAACAGCUCUUUAUUGCGAAGUCCCAGAGAUAUUGUACUUUUUCUGGUCUGCACUGCGUUGUCUCAUUAAAAACGACCGCCGAUCGUACUGUUACUCGCGUUUACAGUUCAAACGAAAGAAUUGAAUCGUUCUUUUUCAAUUAUUCUGUGUUCGCUUGUCGUGUCGAGUCACAGAAUAUCGAUUCUAAAAAACAUUCUCUCGCUUUGUUCUAGCAAAAUACUCAAAGUAUCGCUCUCUAUUUUCUCAAAAUUGUUGCACCAACUUGAAAGACCUCUCGCGACAAAAUAGUUAUUAAUUUCUUUGGAGUUUUCGUACAUCGAACAACAAACAAAUUCGCUUCUCUGACCCGGCACGCGAGACUCGAAACACGUACACGAGCACAGAUACGUUCUCUUUCUAAUAUACAGGGUGUCCCCCGUUCGCCGUUAUCACCAGUAUUUUGGCCGCACGAGAUGAAACAAAUCGAUAGCCGCCUACAGAAAACUAUCCGAUGACAAUAUCAAAGCGACGAAACACCGUGUUGUAAAGCGACGAUUCGAUCGGGACACUUUGCGUAUAGAAAACCAGUGGCACUUGCUAACGUUCCUGUGAUAUUCUAUGCGACUGACGCGUUCAAAGUGUGAAGGAUCGCAUUAAUUUUUGUACAACCGGCGAUCGAUGGUCGCCGGUUUUCUAUACGAUCGAUCUUGUACUUUUGUAACGCGUAACUUUUCGUUCGAAUUUACGAGAUCUCUCGGGAACCGUUUACCAAUUUGAUACGAUUCGAUAUACUUCGAUUUUUAAGGACCUUUUAUAUCAGGAUACUCUCUCGCGGGUGUUAGGCGAAUGUAGCUGCGCGUUUUGCGAACAAUCCUUGCAGAAAAUGUUGCCGAAGCAGUUGUUAUUAAUUAGCGUUCUUCAACGAUACGAUCAGAAAGAAAGAGGCGAAUCACGUUUCCUCCGAGACACCUUGUACACGGAUCGCUUCGUUUUCGCGUAUCGCACAAUAUUUGAUCGUUACCGUCGAGUCGUCGAACGAUCCUAAUUUUAUUUAUCGACGAAACAAACGAUACACCUGUAUAUCUUCGAUAUCGAUUAUACAUUUUCCUCGCGAUUCUCAGCGAUUCUAUUGCCACUGAUCGGGUAGCUCGAUUACGACGAAUCGUUAGGACGAUGAAAAACGCGUCGUUACGCUUUGUUCGCCAAGAUGGUAAUCGUUUACUACUCGACCCUAAUACUUUCUCAAUCGUUUCCAGUAACGUUUCCGGUAUAGUUCGGUCGAGAAAAGCGUAGAAUGGAAAAUGGAACGUUCUGUGUACAUUCUGUUCGUUGAAACAUGAUUUUCUACGACCGAAGGUCUUCUCGCAUUUAUCGGUUUUUACGAACGAGACUGCUUAUCCCGUAGGCGUAGCAAUAAACUAAUUUACAUAGCUUACGAUUAGAUAUCUCUGUAUAGGCGUUGUUAUACCGUAAUUUAGAUCGCGGCGUGUUUGAUCUUCGUUUGACGAUGACCGAGCGAUGAUUGCACAGGCUGAAUCACGACGCGCGCAAAGCGAACUUCAACGUCUCGCUCGUUAUCGACGAUAGUCAACAGCGUCGACGAUACAUGUUACAGCGAGCAAGACAUAUUUCCGGAGAUCCCAGAAGGUCGUUGGAACGGUCUACCACACAAUGUUCUCCCCCGAGAUUUUCUCUCUGCAGGGUGUUCCGUCAUUGCGUUAACGCCUGGAAAGCGGCGAUUCCUGAGGUCGUUCGAAGUAACUUUUUCCUCGGCGAAAAUGCAAUCCGCGGCUUCGUUUACGAGUUAUCGAUGAAAAACGCUGUCCAAUGAGAGGCGAGCUUGACCGGAGCUAGGCGGAACCGGGAUUCGACGGCUCGUCGGCUCGACCCGCCUCCCGUCAGCCGAGCUCGCUUCUCAUUGGCCACUGUUUUUCGUUGAUAACUCGUAAACGAAUCCGCGGAUUGUAUUUUCGCCAAGGAAAAAGUUACUCGAAAUCACCUCAGGAAUCGUCAUUUUUUGGACGUUGACAUAAUUAUGCGACAACCUGUUCUGUCAAGGGCAAGCGAGAUAUCCGAGGUGAUCGAGUCGUUCACCCUGUACAAUUUGUUGACGCGAAAUAGCGUGCCAGGCGAAUGUUACGUUUUUGACGAGCCAUCGAGGUGCAUCGAUGCUUUGUUGUUUAGUUGUAGCCCUCCGCGACGACUAAAUUUCUCCUCCAUCGAAGACGGUUACCGCGUUCGUUGAACCAUCGACUUUUUCGGUGCACAGUCCUCCGCUUCCGGCCGCGUCUCGAAUCUCCCGCUCGUGCCGAUUCUCGUCGGAUGGAAAAAACGCAUUUCGGCCUAUUUUUUCACCAAAAAUUUCAAUAGAAGAUCGCCGGAAUCUCCAGGCUACGAUACCGUCGACCGCGCGUAAAUCGGGGACGAAUCUCGCGGCGUCUCUGUCUCGGAAGUCCCUUGGAAAUUGCCGUUUCGAAUCGCGAUAUAUCCUGCGAAAAUCGAAGACAAGAUAAUAGAGAAUUUCUCGAUGAAUUCUACGGUCGUCUCGAAACAAAUUAUCAGGAUUUCCGUAAGGUGGAAAAUCCGAAAAAGGAUCGAAACACGUUGAAAACCGAGCGUCCGGCAAUGAAAAUAUCCUGGGCAACUUUUCCGGUACGGAAUUCUCCGCGAUAUCCAUAAAUCUCGGAGGGCAGGGAUCGCGUUCGCACAGCGGAACGGCGAUUAGGUGAACCGUGAUCCAAUGGUUUCGCACUUGGAGCCUCGAGGUCGAACGGUGCCGAGCGACCGGAAGCGGAAGAAUCAGCGACACGCGACCAAGUUCAAAUCGAUUUGGCGGCGAUCCUCGUUCCGUCUCGACCGGAACGACGUAUCUCCACGUUUUUUGUACCUUUCGAGGAAAACAGGAAGAAAACCAAGAAAAAAAGGGGAACGAGAACAUAGAGAGAGAGAGAGAGAGAGAGAAGACGAAGAUAAAUUAGGGCCUACCACCGCCGUCACCGUGAAACACGAUUCGUCGUCUCGCGAUUUUUGUAAAUUAGGAACCGUACCCGCGUGAUACUGCCAAGGAUCGACGCGAAUUUGAAAACGUCGCCGCGUAUCCCCUCGUCGGACUGCGGAAAAUCGCGUGCGUUCCGUCGCGUUCGAGUCACCGUAGAGAAAAAAAAACACCGCGAAAAAACGAUCGGCUUCUCUUUGAUGCGCGCGACUGUUCGCGUGGAAAAAGACCGAGCUAAAAUUGACGCGCUAAAAUUGUUGAGAAUAGCAUCGUUGGAAAACGAAAUAACGAGGCCACGUUUUACACACUUUUUCGAAGAAAAUGCAUCGCGUCGAAGGGAGACGCGAAUUCGCGUUCUCGGUCUCGAAGGAAAGUAUUAAAGAAAAACAGCACCGUACUCUCGCGCGUUUAGGUAAAUUUGUAUUCCGAUAGAUUCUACGAGGAUAGUCCCGUCUUUCCUGAUAAUCUGGAGACGAUAAUCCGUGCUGAGCUCUACGAGACCGCGAAACCGUGAAAUAUAAAGAUUGGACGAUUCGUUCUCCGACCGUCGAUUUUCGCAUACUUCGCGAACACGCGAACGUCCGCAGUCCAUUGCCGUGAAUUUUCGUUGGAUUUCGUUCGAAUAUUUAAACGGAGGAAUUAAGGUUAAAAUUACGUGUAGCCUUAGAUUUUGUAUGAUACUACUCAUCUUCGAUGAGAAGGAUUAAGACGCUAAAAAGAUAAAGAAAAUAUAUUAUAUAUAUAUAUUAUAUAUAUAUAUUGUAUCUAUGAAAUGUACGUGUAACGGAUAAAAAAAAGAACAAAAUGUUGUCGUUCGUCGAUCACAAAGCACGGCGCGUGGUGUCGCGAUUGACGAACGUCACAGGGAAUGAUGUAGCGGCGUCGAUCAUCGAAUCAUCCUUUUUGUAUGAAAUUCGAAAACGGUGGAAAAAAAGAGCGAAACGAAAUGAAUGAAGAGCGAGAGAGAGAGAGAGAGAGGACGAUGAAGAAUUGUAAAGCGAUAUCGGUAACGGUGCACUCGAUGUGAAAGGAAAUACACGACACAAUAAUGAGCCAUA